UCAGGUUCAGCUGUUCUGGCUCUCUUGUUGGCUGGGUAUCUCGCACAACAAUAUUUACCAAUGCCUACACCAAAAGUAGUUGGGAUUGACCUUGGCACGACUUACUGCUCUGUGGGCGUCUUUCUUCCUGGAACAGGGCAGGUGAAGGUUAUUGCAGAUGAAAACGGGCACAACAGCAUUCCAAGUAUAGUCUCUUUCACAGACAGAGAUGUGUAUGUGGGAUAUGAUGGCCUAGAACUGGCUGAUUCAAAUCCUCAGAACACCAUAUAUGAUGCAAAAAGAUUCAUUGGGAAAAUCUUCACUUCAGAAGAGCUGAAAAGUGAAAGCAGCAGGUACCCCUUUAAGAUUUUCAACAACAAUGGAUCAGCUGAAUUUUCUGUGACAACUAAUCAAACUUUUCACAUCACUCCAGAGCAUAUUGGCUCUCAGCUGCUGCUGAAAUUGAAGAAAAUGGCAGAAGACUCUCUUGGCAUGCCCAUUUCAAAGGCAGUCAUCUCUGUGCCAGCAGAGUUUGAUGAAAGGCAACGGAAUUCUACCAUUAAGGCAGCCAACCUUGCAGGGCUAGACGUUUUGCGAGUAAUCAAUGAACCCACGGCUGCAGCUAUGGCUUAUGGACUUCACAAGGCUGAUGUGUUUAAUGUUCUGGUGGUGGAUUUGGGUGGAGGAACUUUAGAUGUGUCUCUGUUGAACAAACAGGGAGGGAUGUUCCUCACACGAGCCAUGGCAGGUAACAACAAACUUGGAGGACAGGAUUUUAAUCAGAGGUUGAUGCUGUACUUAUAUGAUCAGCUCCAUCAAAUGUACGGUUCUUUGCCAACAAGAAAAGAAGAAAUACAUCGCCUGAGACAGGCUGUGGAAGCAGUUAAAUUAAAUCUGACUGUUCAUGAGGCAGCUACACUACGGGUGUCGUUGACUAUGCCAGAAAGGAAGCUUACAAAGGAACUUUCAGAAAGUGAGAUAGAAACAAACACUGUGCUGGAAGGCCCUUCACAGAAGACAAAAGACCUGGAAAAUCUUGGAGACACUGCAGAAGUAGAGAACAACUAUGUGCAUGUCAUGUUUGAAAGAGAAAUCUCUAGGAAGCUAUUUGAGACGUUAAAUGAGGACCUUUUUGAGAAGAUUCUUGUGCCCAUUGAACAGGUGUUGAAGGAAGGCCACCUACACAAAGCAGAAGUAGAUGAAAUUGUGUUAGUUGGAGGCUCCACCCGGAUUCCUCAAAUACGCAAAGUUAUUCAGGAUUUCUUUGGAAAGGAACCUAACACCUCUGUAGAUCCUGAUCUAGCAGUUGUCACAGGCGUAGCUAUCCAAGCAGGAAUUGUUGGUGGCUCCUGGCCUCUCCAAGUCAGCGCUAUAGAGAUUCCUAAUAAGCGUUUACGGAAGACUAAUUUUAACUGA